AUGAAAUAUAAUUCACACCAAAAUGAUAAUAUAUACAACGAUAUAAUAAAAUUAAAAUAUAAUAAAAACUAUUCUAAUUAUAUCCACCAAAAUGUUCAGUCUAAUAAAUUUUUCAUAAGUAGACUGAAAAAUACUAUGACCUUAGAUGGUCAUGCAUCAUUUGUUAAUAGACUCAAAUGGAAUGAUGAUAAUCAUUUAUUGGCCUCAUGUGGAAGUGAUAGAAAAGUUUUAAUAUGGAAUAUAAAUUCAUAUAACUAUAAACCUAAGCCAAAAUAUAUAGUGAACACUAAUCAUGUAAGUAGCAUCUUUGGAGUCUCAUUUAUUGAUAAUGAUUUUGUUAUAACGGGUGCUAUGGAUAAACAAGUUCAUGUUUAUAAUAUUCACGAUGCUUCAUAUAAGGUCAUUCAUAAUUGUCAUUUAAAAACGGUAAGACAUAUUGCUACAAUUCCAAAGGAAAAUAAAAAUAUAUUUUGGUCUAGUUCAGACGAUGGUACUGUAAGACAAUAUGACACAAGAGAGAAGCAUAUAUGUGUAUCUCCAAAUUGCCGAAAUGUUAUAAUAAAUUUGAAUAGAAUUGGAGACCAAUAUUAUUCCCAAAAAAAUCCUGAAGAAAGGUUAUACUAUAGAAUGAAAUUUCAAAGUCAUUACACGAAAAAUACAUAUGAACUCAUAAGAGCGAUGAAUGAACAAAAGUUUUGUAAUGUGAAUGUUCCCAUACAAGCUAGAUGUAUAGCUGUAAAUCCAAUUUUUAACAACUACAUUGGAGUAUGCUCUAACGAUAUGCUAUCGAGAGUUUAUGACAGACGAAUGCUAGGGAAGUUCUCAUUAAACGAAAAAAUGACUUUAAGGAGUUGUAUUCCUUCAGAUACAUAUUAUCCAAAACAUCUAUGGAAUUAUAUUGAUGAAGAAAGCGAUUUUAGGAUAAAUUAUCAUCUUUUUUAUAGUACAGAUUUAGGUUGGUCUAAUGAUGGUAAAUAUUUAGGUGUGACAUAUAAUACAGAACAUGUAUAUUUAUAUGAUUUUUUAAAUAGAGAAGAAGAAAGAAGUUUAAAUUAUAACCUUAUAGAUAAUGAUACUAAAUUCGACUAUAACAAAAGUUUUGAUAUAUUAUUUCCACCACAUGAUAUUAAGGAUGGAUAUAUGUAUUGGGAUAAUAUAAAAAAUGAUAGAAAUAGGAUGAAAGAGUAUUUUGAUUAUAUUAAUGAUAUGUCAUUAAUACAAGAUAUUGAAAAAUCAGCUAUAUUAGCUUAUGAUAAUAAAGAAUAUUAUAAAGCAGAAUAUUUAUAUAACAAUUGUUUAAAUUUGUCAAGAAAUAAAAAUAUUAGAAAAAUUUUAUAUUGUAAUUUAGCUAUGGUUUUAAUACAAAGAAAAGCAAGAAAUGAUGGUUAUUUAGCUGAACAGUAUGCAUUAGAAGCUUUAAAAUUAGAUCCAAAUUAUUACAAAGCUGUAUAUAGAAGAAUUCAAGCAAAUAUUAUUAAUAAUAGAUUAAUAAAUGCCUACAGAAUUACAUUAUCAGCUUGUUCACAUUUUAAAGGUGUUUUUGAAUUUAUUUACUUAAGAAAAAAAAUUAGAAGAACAUUGUAUCAUAUUUAUAAGGAUAAAAUAUAUUCCUAUUGGAGAAAUCAAAAUAAUGACACUGAAGAUUCUAAACAACCAUAUUAUUAUUCUACGAUAAAAAAACAAACUAGUAAAGUUCAACAAAAAGACGAAAAAGAAAGAAUCCAAGAUAAUUGUUCUGAAUUCUUAGAUAUAAGUGACAAUACUGCUUAUAGUUAUGAUAGUAUACGUACUGAUGAUAGUGAUUUUACGGAUGACCCUUAUGGAAGCGAUUACCUAGAUUGUUCAGAUAAAACUAGAAAGAUGAGCACUUUAGGAGAAAAGGAAAUAAAACAAAGAGAGAAAAAUUUGAACAUGGAAAGUAAACAUGUGGAGAGUGUAAAUAUGGACAGCGUAAAUGUGGAGAGUGUAAAUAUGGACAGCGUAAAUGUGGAGAGUGUAAAUAUGGACAGCGUAAAUGUGGAGAAUGAAAAUAUGGACAGCUUAAAUGUGGAACGUAUAAAUGAAGAGAGUGUAAAUCUAAUAAAUGAUAAAAGAAGAUAUAAUAAUCCCCAAAAUAGUGGCCAUGUAAAUAUUGAGAAUGAUAGAAGUGAAACCACAUAUAAAGAAAUAAAAGAAGAUAAUGAUUUAGGAAAAAAAAAGGAAGAGAACAAUAAGUAUAAUGAAAACUAUAAGAUCAAUAAAAAAAAUAUAGAAAAAAAUGACACUUGUAAUAAUAAUAAUUAUGAUAAUGUACUGAUGAUAAGUGAAAUGAAAAAAAUAAAAGAAAAGGAAAAAAAAGAAAGGGAAUUAAAAAAAGCAUUAUCUUUAAAAAGAAGAAAAAAAUAUACAAAUAUAAUUGAUAUUAUUGCUUCAGAAGAAUUAUAUAGUCUUCCAAAUUCUUAUCCUUUUUUCUUAAUAUAUUAUGUAAGUUUCUGUUAUAGAAAUUCUAUAAACGCAUGGAAUGGAUGGCCAUCUUUUAAUGAUUUAUAUAAAACCUAUAAUAUAUGCGAGAAAAUAUUGAAAGAAAAAAAAAGAAAAGAUAAGAAAGGAAAAAAUAACAAAAGUAUUAAAAGAAUUAAUUGUAACUACGAAUAUAUUUUCAAACACAAAGAAGCCGAAAAUAUAUCUUAUUUUAAUAAAAAAGAUAAAAAGAAUAUAUUAAAAAAUAAUUACUCAAACAAGUUUAUGAAGAAUAAUAUGUUAAAGGAUAGUUCCAAAAGAAAAAAAAUUCGUAAAUCGUCUCAAUCUGAUAUAUAUGAAGAAUAUAAAAAAAUUAAAAAAAAUCAAAAAAAUUUUCAUUUGAACAAUAGUGAUGAUCAUAAUAUAGAACAUAUUUCUGGACAUAGAGAUGAAACAUAUAUUCUGGAUAACACUAAUAUAUAUGAUGAUGAUAAUAAUAAUAAUAAUAAUAAUACGAAUGAUAUAACAAAAUAUAAUAAAAAGGGAAAAAACAAAAUAUCACACACACAAAAAAAUACUAAUACAAACACACACAUACAAUUUAACGAGAACAAAGAAGAGGAAAUAAAGACAUCAAAUAAUAUAUUGAAAUUUAAUAAAAGAAAUAAAGAUAUAUAUGAAGAUGUAAAAAGCGAUGAACCAAAGGAAAGAUAUGCAUGGCUAGAAGAAAAAUGUUUUAUAGGGAAAAAAAAAAGAAAACAUGGGAAAAAACAAAACACAAUGGAUAUAAAAAGAAAUGCAUAUUUAAAAAAAAAAAGAAAGAGAAAAAAUUUAACAGAUGAUGAUAAUUAUAAUGAUGGUGACAAAGAUAAUGAUAAUAAUAAUGAUAAUAAUGAUAAUAAUGAUAAUAAUAAUAAUAAUAAUAAUAAUCAAAAUAAUUAUUAUCUUCAUUAUGGUUUUUUAUCUGCUUUAUACAAUAGAACUCAUUCUCAUGACAAUGAUAAAGAACGGGACAGAAAAGAAAAUUUAAAAAACGAAAUUAGUUAUAUUUUAGAAGAAUUAUCUAAAAAAAAUUCUCCCAAAAAUUUAGUCAGAAUAAAUAUAUACCACGAAGCUUAUCACACUGUAACAAUGAAUCAACUUUACGGAUACAAUGAAAGUUCUUUUCACUUGAACAAUGUAUCUUUGAAUGUUUCUGUAAACAACGAAAGGAAUAGUGUAACUAAUGAGGAAACAUAUGAGAAUAAUGGAAAUUAUGAAUAUGCGGAUACAAGUAUAUAUAACGAAAGCAAUGUAGAUAUUAUGAAUAGUUGGGAUAAUAUGAAUUAUUCAGAAAAUUUUGUCCGUACAAACGUUUCAGAUAAUACCUUGAGUAUAGGGCAUUAUAGCAAUACGGAUGUUACUAACAUUACAGAUAAUGUUAACAGUAAUAAUGAUAAUAAUAAUGAUGAUAAUAAUGAUAAUAAUAGUGAUGAUAAUAAUGAUGAUAAUAGUGAUAAUAAUAAUGAUGAUAAUAAUGAUAAUAAUAAUGAUGAUAAUAAUGAUAAUAAUAAUGAUGAUAAUAAUGAUAAUAAUAAUAAUAAUGAUCAAAAUAAUGAUAAUAACCAAAAUGUCGAGGAAAAUAAAAUAAUUGGAAAAGUGGAAUCUGUGUCUCAGGAAUUAUAUAACAAUUAUAAAAUCGAUGAUAUUCAAUUAGGUAAUUACAUAGAUACAUUAUUAGUAGGCAAUAAUUAUAAAAUUAAUAAUAAUAUGUUAGCUUCCUGUUAUGGAACUUCUAUUAGAAGUAACAAUACAUCUAAUUUAGGAAUAAAUAUGAAUCAAAUUAUACCAUAUGAUGAUAAUUCUAUUAUAGUGGGUAGUCCAAUCACUAAAAAUUAUUAUCUAUACAUUAAUAACUUUUAUGAUUUUGUUUAUAAUUAUAAUAAAAAUAAUAUCAUUAGAAAGAAUAUUAACCAUUCCAAUAAUAAUAAUAAUAAUAAUAAUAAUAAUAUGUACAAACUACAAAAGAACACAACAAGUUACCACAAUUCAUCAAGCUACUAUAGUGAUAUAUCUGAUUGGAAUAAUAAUCAGAUACCUAAAAAUAAACUACACAAAAAGGGGUAUAAAUAUUAUUCUAAUGACUGCGAGGUAUGCAGUAAAAAAUAUAAUAAAGUGAAAGAAGAAAAAGAAAAUAAAAGAAAAAAAAAAAAAGUAAAAAAAGAAGAAGAAAGAAAAUUUAGUGAUACUGAAAAAAAAAAUAUAAGUGAUAAAGAAAAACAAUGGAAUGAUGUAAAAAAAAAAAUGUCUUCGUAUUAUAAAAAUGAAUAUGAUAUGAGAUAUUAUGAAAAGUAUAGGACGGGAAAAAAAAAGAAACAACAAAAUAAAGACUGUUCUUAUAAAAAGGAUAAAACUAAUAGUGAUGGUGAUAAUAGUAGUAAUGAUAAAAUAGGGGAUGAUGUAAAUCAUAAUAUUAUGGGAUUCUUUGAAAAAUCCUCUGGUAGGAAUGAAGACAUUUUAAAUAUAAAGAAGAAGAAGAAGGAAAAAAAAAAAAAGGAUUCAAAUAAAAAAUCAGAUCCUCUAGAAUAUUCUAAAAUGAAUAUAGAAAAUUAUAAUUUAAAAAGAAAUAUAAAGAAGAAAGAAGAAGAAAGUCAUGAUAUGUCAGGUAUAUAUAAAAGAUAUUUUGACAAAUCUACUAAUAAUAAUUCUCAACAUAAAGAAUAUAUAAUACAUGAUUCAGAUAAUCUAGUAUAUAAAAUCAAUGUAGAAGAUAUAGAUAAAAAUAAUAUGAAUAAAAUAAUAGCUUCUAAUGAAAAAUAUUUAUUAAAUAAUGGAGAAAUUGCAAAUUUUAAAUUUGACCCUUAUUCAAAUAAUAUUGAGACUGAUGAAUCAGAUAGUAGUAACUUAUCUAAAGUAAGCUAUAAAUCAAGUUCAUCUUAUGAACAUCAGUUUUAUGAUAGUUUUUAUAAUAAUAUUCAAUACGAGGACAGAAAAAAACACUCAAACAUUUAUGUAUUUAAAGAAAGAAAAAAAAUAAAAAAUUAUGUAGAAAAAAUUCAAGAUCCUUUAUGGGUGCCCAAAGGAACGUGCAAGAGGUUUUUGGGACAUUCUAAUACUGCGUGGGAAAUGAAGGAAUUGGCAUUUUGGAAUGAUGACGUUAUAUUGGCUGCUUCUGAUAAUGGCGAGGUUUAUUUUUGGAGUAUAAAAGAUGGAAAAUUAUUAAAUGUUAUAAAGAGUCAUGCGCGUCACGUAAAUUGUGUUCAAGUACAUCCACGAGGAACAUGUUUAGCCACAAGUGGUCUUGAAAAUUAUAUAAAAAUAUGGAAACCCCAUGACACUGCUGAAUUUGUUUUUGUAAUAAAAAAUGAACAACAUAUAUAUAUUAAAAUGAAUACCUUAGACAAAAGUGUUGAACAAAGGUUGUCUGAAAACCAAAAACAUAUAGAAUCGUCAUACAUGGAUUAUUAUAAUUUUAUUAAUUUUUCACCCGUUCUUCAAAAAGCAAACGACUAUAUGAAUUAUUUUGACAGCAUUUCUGACAACUCUGUUCAAUAA